AUGGCGCGGCGGCGGCGGCGGCGGCGGCUCCUCGCGCGGCUCCCGGCGCCUGCCGCCUCCCCCCCUCGGGCGCCGCGGACCAGGACGGCGGGGGAGGAGGGAGGAGGCGCGGGAGCGGAAGCCGCGCCGCGUCUCCGCCCCCCGCGCCGCCGCGCCCUCCCGCGGGCGCCCCCCGGAGCCGGCCCGCGGCCCUCCCCGCGCCCCCGCCUCCCGAGGGGCUCCCCGGGGGCGCGGGGUCGGCGCGGGCUCCACAGCCCGCGGGGGAGGGGGGGGGGGGCUCCGGGCCACCCCCCCCACCCCCCACCCCCACCCCCGCCUCCGAUCGAGUUCCGGAAGCAGAAUGCCGACAUCACAAGGGCAGUAAUUUUUAGACUCCUCACUCAUGUUAAGAAGCAACCGGAGAACGUGCUAAGCUCCUACUUCCCCCAGAAGACUGCCUGUCACGGCCCAUCACGCCGCCGACCUUUUCUUAGGCCUCACACUUGGAAGCGUUCGCUCUCAAUUCGCCCCUCAGAUGCAAGUUCCAUCCAGAUGAGGCUGGAACAUGCUGACUCUGGAGAGAGUUAUUCCGGGCACGAGAGCCCUCCUGCCCGGGAGGCCUGGCCACUGUGAUCAGAGGUUCGGGCCGGAUUCCCAGCGUUCCCCGGGCUCUCUGAGCCACAGGCAUCCUCCCAAGGGCUGCUCGGUAGAGGUGCGCCGUGGGGACGUCCACGGAGCCCCGCGGGCCUCUCUCCUGCACAGGCACAGGGCGGUGAAGAAAGGCAGCCACGGCUGCAUGGGGGUGGGGGGUGGGCAGUGGACGGCUUAAACGGUAGUGGGCGUGGUUUCUAUGGCAGUAUCUGGGGUGCGAGGGCGUGAAGGCUGGACUUCACCUCUCUGAGCCUCAGUUUCCUCAUUCAUGAAAUGGGAGUGAUGCUAUCCGGUCGACUUCUUAUCUCUCGGUGCUGAUAUGAACCUCAAAUAAGCAAAGACUCAGAAAAAAAUGCUCUUUAGACUUUAAAGCCCUGCACGAAUGGGAAUCGUGAUUAACACGGACCCAAGACAGGGCCCAAGGGUGGGUGCGCAGCACUGGCUCCGUGUCACUCCCCCCCUCCCCUCCUCCCUCCCCUAGCUGUCACCAGCCCUCACUUUCUGUAGCCCUGAGUCCCAGCCC